AUGGACCAGCUAUGGAAUUUCGUCCGGAGUAGCGCAUCGAAGGAAACCGUUGCAUCUCUGUUCGCAAUAUGGAUCCUGUACUGGCUCGCCAUCGGUGUGUAUAGGGUGUAUUUCCACCCUCUAGCACACAUUCCUGGGCCAAAGUUGGCCGCGUUCACAUUUUGGUACGAGUUCUACUAUGAGAUCUAUCCGCACAAAUUCCAGUACUUGUGGAAGAUCAAGCAGCUACAUGAAGAAUACGGGCCCAUCAUACGGAUCAAUCCUCUUCAGGUCCAUAUCCAUGAUGCAGACUACUUCGAUACGAUCUACGCGUCCGGCAUGAGUCACAAACGCGAUCGUUGUAGUUGGUCGUUUCACACCGGUGCAAAGUCUUGGGAAGGCGCGAUACUGGACACUAUAGACCAUGACUUGCAUAAAAUGCGACGAAACGCCCUAGCGCCUUUCUUCAGCAAGCGCUCGGUCCAAGCUCUCGAAGAGCUCGUCGUGAACAACACCAAAAAGCUUAUGGAUCGUUUCGCAGGCGAACUCGAAAAGACAGACCCCAGAGCCGGUGUCGUGAACCUGAACGACGCAUACGCCGCUUUCACCAUGGACACCAUUUCCGAGUACUGUUUCGGCGAAUCGAUCAAAGCCCUAGACCACGACGAUUACGCUAAAAUCUGGCUCAAAGUUAUGCACGACGGGAUUCAGAUUGAGCCAUUUGCGCGCCAAUUCCCUACUAUCAUGAACUUCAUGCUCGAUCUUCCGCCAAAAGUUGUCGAGAAACUAAGCCCCGGGGUAGCCACAGUGAACACCUUCAGUCUCAGGACGCUAGGCAGAAUCGAACGCAUUAUGAACUUUGAGGACGGCGAUGGCGAUACGAAGAAUCUGAGGCGCACGAUAUUUCAUGAUGUACGAGAUGAUGUUGGUUGCAAACUUCCGGAGAAAGAGAAACAUCCUAAGCGGUUGACGGCGGAUGCUAGUGUUAUCCUUGGUGCGGGGACGGAGACGACGGCAAGGACUUUGGCGGUUACCACCUACUACUUGAUCAAGAACUCGGAAGUUGGAGAGAAAUUGAGACAGGAACUGAAGACUGUGAUGCCAACGGUAGAUCAUGAAGUCUCACUACCCCAGUUAGAAGCUCUGCCAUACCUGACCGCAGUAAUAAACGAAGGCCUCCGCACCGCCCACGGCGUCUCCUCCCGCCAACCCCGCAUCCCCACUGGCGAAUCCCUUUCAUACGGCCCCUACACCCUCCCCCGCGGCACCCCCAUCAUGCAAUCCUCCUACCUCCUCCACACCGACCCUGCCAUCUACCCCGACCCAUUCGCCUUCCGUCCGGAGCGGUGGAUACAAAACCCCAAACUUACGCGCUACCUUUUUGCUUUCGGGCGCGGGAGCCGAAACUGUCUGGGUAUGAAUCUUGCUACGUCGGAAUUGUAUACGGGGCUUGCGAUGAUUUGGCGGAGGUUUCGGAUGGAGGUGUGGGAUACGGUUGAGAGUAGGGAUGUGCUGACGAGUAAUGAUUGUUUUUUGGGGAUGCCGGAUUUGGGGGGUGAGGGGAUUAAGGUUAGGGUUGUUGGGGUGGUGGAGGGGUGA